CCCUUGGCCUUCGAUGGUGUCAGAUUCGAAAUGGAAUUGGAACAUUGAAAACCAUUUGCAAAUUUGCAAUGCAGGCUUGCAGCUUAAGUUUUGCCCCGUGGAUUGUGAAGUGAUAAAGCGCAUCAGCCACGCUUCACAUUGUCCAAUCCAUAAGUUUUGGAAAAGUAAGGAUUUGCCCAAUGCAGAGAUUUCUGAUUUACGCAGCAGAGCUAUAAACAUUCAAAAGGACCAUAACCCACUCUACGUAUCAAUGCUGACAUCAAUUCCGAACCGACACCUACCCCGACAUUACUUUGAACCUACAAAUUUUAAACCUGGGCUGAUCGCUCAUUCUCCCUUUUAAGUUAUUACCGUUACUCAAACUUGGCGCCAUGUGAUGUGAUGUGACCCCUACUUCAAAAUUUAGGUAAUCCGUUAUCCGGUUGGCAACCUCUGUAAGGGUAAUCGGAAAAUGAGCAGAUGCUGCCGGGAGGCAGAAAGGCGAAUUCUUCGCCUCCUCCACGGUCAUACUACUCGUUUACAACUGACUCAGGUCCAUGCUCACUUCCUCCGCCAUAACCUCCACCAAUCUAACCAAAUCCUUGCUCAUUUUGUCUCCGUCUGUGCCGCCCUCAACAAAAUGCCCUAUGCUCGCCUCGUCUUUCUCCAAGCCCUAAACCCUAAUCUCCUCCUCUUCAAUUCCAUGAUCAAAGGCUACUCGAUCUCGGGAUGCCCCAAAGAAUCCAUCCAUCUAUUCGCGCUCAUGAAAAACCGAGGAAUAUGGCCAGACCAGUUCACCUUUGCCCCUUUGCUUAAGUCCUGCUCGGUUCUUUCUGAUUUCAAUCUUGGCCGGGGAAUACAUGCUGGGAUCCUCACUGUUGGCCUUGAAUCCAACAGUUCCAUUCAGAUAGGGCUUGUCGAAUUGUACUCUAGUUGCCGCAGGAUGGAAGAUGCUAGGCAGGUGUUUGAUGCGAUGCCUCAUAAAGAUGUGAUUGCUUGGAAUUUGAUGGUCCGGGGGUUCUGCAAUGCGGGACGUGUCGAAGUUGGGUUUGAUGUUUUCCGACAAAUGAACCAACGGAACAUUGUUUCUUGGAAUUCCAUGAUCUCCAGCUUGGCCAAGAGUGGCCGUGAUACUGAUGCUCUGAAGCUUUUUCACGAGAUGUGGGAUGAGGGUUUCAAGCCAGACGAUGCCACUUUAGUGACGGUAUUGCCUGUUUGUGCUCGUUUGGGAGCUUUUGAUGUAGGGAGAUGGAUCCAUUCUUAUGCUGAUUCGAGAGGACUUUCUCGACAAGUUGUUUCUGUAGGAAACUCGCUUGUUGAUUUCUAUUGUAAGUGUGGGGAUCUGGAAACAGCUCGUAAGGUUUUUAAUGAGAUGCCUCGGAAAACUGUGGUUUCUUGGAAUGCCAUGAUAUCGGGUUUAGCUCUUAAUGGGCAGGGUGUGAGUGGAGUCAAUUUAUUUGAGGAGAUGAAGAGGCAAGGAAUGGAUCCUAACCAUUCAAGUUUUAUUGGGGUCCUUGCAUGCUGUAUUCAUGCAGGAUUGGUGCAGAAGGGUCAAGAGUUAUUUGAUUCGAUGAUCAAAGAACACCAACUUGAGCCCAAACUCGAACACUACGGAUGCAUGGUUGAUCUUCUUGGACGUAGUGGGUUUGUUAAGGAGGCCAAUGAUUUGAUCAGAAGCAUGCCUAUGAAGCCAAACGCUACUAUAUGGGGUGCACUGCUAAGUGCUUGUCGAAUUCAUGGUGAUCUAGAGCUUGCAGAAUUUGCAGCUAAGGAGCUCAUCAAUGUUGAGCCAUAUAACUCAGGUAAUUAUGUCUUGUUAUCAAACAUUUACGCUGAGAUGGGAAACUGGGACGAAGUUGAGAGGGUAAGGGUGUUGAUGAAAGACAGCAGUGUGAGAAAAGCUCCGGGGUGCAGCUCGAUUGGGUAACAUUGAAAGCUUGC